AUGUCCUACGAAAACGACCCGUUCUACCUCAGAUACUACACAGGCCACUCUGGCAAGCACGGACACGAGUUCCUCGAGUUCGAGUACUCGCACGGCCGUCUUCGUUACGCCAACAACUCCAACUACCGCAAUGACAGUCUCAUCCGCAAAGAAAUGUGGGUCGGGCCUCUCGUGGUGAAGGAGCUCAAGCGCAUCAUCGAGUCAAGCGAGAUCACCAAGGAAGAUGACACGAACUGGCCAAAGAAAAACAUCGUGGGCAAGCAGGAGCUCGAGAUUCGUGUUGGCAAUGACCACAUUGCCUUCGAGACAGCCAAAAUCGGCUCGCUCGUCGAUGUUGCAGACAGUGAGGACCCCGAGGGUCUUCGCGUGUUCUACUACCUUGUGCAGGACCUCAAGUGCUUGAUCUUCUCCCUCAUCUCCCUUCACUUCAAGAUCAAACCUAUAUAG